GGUCAGCUGACAGCGCGAAGAAAGGGAAGAAGAAGUGGGAGACGCAGCUCGACGCAGUUUGCUUGCGAUUUUCGUUGCGUGUGUUUCGUGUUGUGUGACCUUUCAUGGGGUUUUUGUGCUAAAAGUGAGAAAAAACUGAUGAUUUUGCCACAAUGACCGUGUGGAAGAGUGUGGACGAGAAGUUCCUCUAUGGAAUCGCCAAGAACAAUUUUUCCCAAGACAAGUCGCACAGACUGACUUUGGACGUUGGCGAUGCUGUGAUAAUCCUGAAAGAGACAUCAAAUUGGUACUAUGGAUACAAUAAAAAAAAUCGUGGGAAUCGAGGCAUAUUCCCAAAAUCGUACAUUCAGUUGAUGGAGUGUGUGAGGUCUAAGAGUGACUAUGUAAUCAAGAGAUCAGAAAUUGUUGAUGAGAUCACGACAGUUCUCGUGGAGUGGGGAGAUCUAUUCAAGAAAUUUUAUUUGACAAACAACGCAAACUUCUUGCCCAUCAGACAGAAAAUGCUGGAAUUGAUAAGGUUACGAUCACAAAUACUGUCUGGCAAUUUGCCAGUGGACGAGAUGAAGGAGGUGAAAUUGCAGGCAACGGCGGAGAUUGAUGUGGGAAACAGUCUAUUGGGCUUGGACAUGGUGGUACGAAAUGAAAGUGGAAGUGUUAUAGAUAUUAAUUCCACAUCAACAACACAAUUGUAUGAGCUUCACGUGAAUGCUGUGGAGCGAAUACGAAUGGCAUCGACGUCGUUCAGCAAGAACCGCGUGUCGAAGAACAUGAACAAGCACUCACACAAUCUCCUCGUGCGCGUUCAUGCAUUUGUGUGCAAGUUCCAAGAAGACUCAGACCUCCUCAUCACACUGUACGACGCUGACGAGCAGAAGUCCAUAACGGAGAAUUACGUGGUGAAGUGGGGCAGGCAAGGCUUGGCCCGCGAUAUCGAUCAAUUUGAUAACAAUCGGGUGUUGUUCACUGACUUGAGUACACAGGAUUUGAACAGGAAUAAGGUGUACUUGAUCUGCUAUGCCAUUCGAAUUGGUGGGAUGGAUAUCAAAGAACCUGACCCGAAGCGGGUCAGUGUGGCAAGUGUUGUACUGCAGGGCGCAAUGAGCAAGAAGAACAGCCAAAAUAGUCUCAACUAUGCUGGAGCAGAUGCAAUGCGAAGGCCUUUUGGUGUGGCGGCGAUAGAUUUGACACCGAUUAUCAAGAAGCCGGAGGAUUUUAAGAACAAUCUCGAUUUGCCCUUUAUUCUGUGCGAGAAGGAGAAUCUCGACACGACACUGAAGAAGUUGAUCAACAACAAGGACGUGGGGAAGAUCGACUCGAAGUUGGCAGUGAGUGUUGAGGUGCUUCAUGGGGACAUUAAGCAAAUCCGCGAGGAUUAUCCGCACCUUGUGCACGGAAAUGUGCCAAUUGCCAGGAAGAUGGGCUUCCCGGAGGUGAUCUUUCCGGGCGAUGUGCGCAAUGACAUGUACUUGUCACUGGUGAAUGGGGAGUUCUCCAAGGGUGUGAAGAGUGGCGAUAAGAACAUCGAGGUGAUGGUGUGCGUGUGCAAUGAGAAAGGAGUCGUUAUACCGGACGUGAUAACACUGGGAGCGGGCUAUGCGGUGGUCAGUGAAUACAAAUCCGUUAUAUACUAUCAUGAGGACAAGCCCAAGUGGAAUGAGACAUUUAAAGUGCAAGUGCCGAUAGAGGAAUUCAAGCAGUGCCACUUGAGAUUUACAUUCAAGCAUCGAAGUUCCAAUGAAACGAAAGAUCGUGCCGAGAAGCCAUUUGCGCUGUCUUACGUGAAACUAAUGCAAAAUGAUGGCACAACACUGCAGCAUAUGUGUCACAAGUUGCUGGUGUACAAGAUUGAUCAGAAGAAGUAUGAUAAAGACUCAGUGUUGAACUACUUAUCACUGCCAUCGAAAUUUUCCGAUCUGGAGCCCAACACGAAGCCAUCAGCCGUUGGAUUGAGUCUCGCAUCGAAGGACUUCUUUGUCAUUGAGACUAAUCUGUGCAGCACAAAACUCACUCAGGAUGUUGCACUUCUGGGACUGCUCAAUUGGUCAUCGAAUCUUGAUGGUUUGGAGAACUCACUGAAUGCCAUAAUGGGUGUGAAGCCCGAAGAGGUUGUGAAAUUCCUGCAGGAUAUUUUGGAUGCAUUGUUCUGCAUUUUGGUCCAAAACAAUGAUCCUUCAAAGUACGAUGAUUUAGUCUUCAGAUGCUUGCUGCGGCUCAUUGAGAUUGUGUCCGAGAUCAAGUAUCAACAUUUCCAGUCUGUUUUGGAUUUGUACAUCAACGAGAGCUUCUCAGCAACGCUGGCUUAUGAUAAAUUGAUCAACGUCCUGCAGACACACAUUAAGAACGCCAUCAACAGCACUCCAACUGUAAUUCAGCCAGAAAUAUGUACUCCAAUUGAAACAGAAAUGGAGGGAUUGCUAUACAAAAUCACGAAGAACUUGCAGUAUAUCAUGAAAUUUAUAAUUAGAUCGCGAAUACUCUUUGCUGAUUUGAAUGACAACAAGGACAGGGUGUUUUUCGAGCAGAGUCUGGACGAUUUGCUGACGUCGUUUAAGAACUUGAUAGCCUGUCCCAACAAUUUGCUACGCUCACAAGGUGCCACUCUCAAGUAUCUUCAUGUCAUCACGUCGGAUUUGAUGAAAGUGUACAGUCCAAUUAGGCUGAGUCAAUUUAUCGUGGAUAUAAUCUUGAAUAUUCCACCGGGAAGGUUGACACAAUCAAAAAUGAUGUGCAUUAAGGACAUGAUUGACUCGAAGUUGUUCAAAUUGCAAGAGUGUCGAUCAAUUAUUCUGCCAGUGUUUUGUCAACAAAUCAAGGAGAAAUUGGAGAGCAAGGAGGAGGGUGAUGUAAUGUCAGAAUUGUGGCAACAGCAAAAGAAUUUAACAAAGGCCGCUAAGGUACUGGGUGAAUUAAAGUCAAAUCUGCACACGCGUGAGUCAACAGCCAAGACCAAGAUUGCGGAGUGUGUCAAUAUCAUGAAUAAUAUCUUGGGACUUCUCCACCGGAAGGAUAUUGGAUCAACGGUGCAUGAUAUCAGAGAUAUAAUGUUUAUUCUUCUGCGAACGGUGAUUCAGUCGUCCAUCCAAAUGGACAGGGAUAAUCCGCUGGUGGGGAACUUGGUGGCAAUAAUGCUGGGCAUUUUCCGGAGUAUGAAGCAAGAGCACUACGCGUGGUAUGUGAAUCACUUCGGCACCAAAUAUGAUCUCAUGGACUUUCUCACGGAGAUUCUGCACGUGUUCAAGGAUUUGGUGUCAUAUCCUGUGUUCGCAAGUGAUUGGAUGGAUAUGAUAAUGCAUCAGAACAUUGUUAUUCUCGAGAGUCUGAAGCACUUCACCAACAUCAUACUGGAGAAGUUCUUUGUGCCGUUCGAGAAGCAAGUGUGGUCGAAUUUCUUUCACUGCUCCAUCGCCUUUCUCAUUCAGCCGUCGCUGCAAUUGGAUCAAUUCACGACAAAUAAGACGUCAACCAUUCUGCUGCGCUACCGUGACAUACGCAAGGAGACCGCCUUUGAGAUACGGAAGAUGUGGUUCAGCUUGGGUGAGAAUAAAAUUCAAUUUGUGCCACAACUUGUGGGGCCUCUCCUUGAAAUGAGCCUCAUACCGGAGCCAGAGCUGCGACAGGCCACCAUACCCAUAUUCUUCGACAUGAUGCAGGCGGAGUACUGCAGCUCGCGCUACAUCACGGAGAGCUACGGGGACACGAGGCGCAAUAACACCCAUUACAAGGGGAAUUUCAAUGACUUCGAGAAUGAGAUGAUUGAGAAAUUGGACAUUCUCAUCGAGGGUGGGCGAGGAGACAAUGACUACAGGGAGAUGUUUUAUCACAUCAUGAUGGAGAAUUGCCGCAAUCACAACACCCUCAAGGUGGAUGGCACGAAUUUUGUGGUCAUUGCCACGAAGCUGAUGGAGAGACUGCUGGAGUAUCGGUGCAUCAUUCACGAUGAAAGCAAGGAGAAUCGCAUGGCGUGCACAGUGAGUCUGCUGCAGUUCUAUUCGGAGGUGAAUCGCAAGGAGAUGUACAUUCGCUAUGUGAACAAGUUGUGUGACUUGCACAUGGAAUUUGAUAACUACACAGAGGCUGCCUUCACGCUCAAGCUGCACAGCAAUCUGCUGAUGUGGAAUGACACGGGUCUCUCGUCACUGCUGCGCUCACAGCGCUUCCCACACUGUCAGACGCACCGGCAACUCAAAGAGGCACUCUACCACGAGAUCAUUAAGCACUUUGACAAUGGGAAGAUGUGGGAGUGCGCCCUGGCGAUGUGUAAGGAGUUGGCUGAGCAGUAUGAGAACAAGGUGUUUGACUACAUCAGCCUCAGUGAUAUUCACCAGAAGAUGGCGGCGUUCUAUGGGAAGAUCCUCAAGGAGAUGCGCCAUGAGAAUGAGUACUUUCGCGUGGCCUUCUAUGGCCUGAAGUUCCCAGAGUUCCUGCGCAACAAGAUUUUCAUCUAUCGUGGCAAGGAGUAUGAGAGACUGAGUGAUUUCUGCACGCGCAUCUUGACACAACAUCCGGCAGCUGAACUUAUGCAAACGCUGACAACACCUGGCCAGGAUGUCAUGCAGAGCGAUGGUCAGUUUAUCCAGGUGAACAGUGUGGAGCCAAUAAUGGCGGAGGAGAAUGAGCGAUAUGAGGAUAAAAUUGUUGCACAACAGAUUGUGAAGUACUAUCAGACGAAUAAUGUGCAGAAGUUCAAGUUUUCGCGACCCUAUCGUGAUGGGAAGUCAACAUCGAAUGACUCAGUGGCGAAUAUGUGGCUGGAGCGCACGAUAAUGCAGACAACUUAUCCGCUGCCGGGCAUUCUGAGGUGGUUCCCAGUCGAGGCGACAGAGACUUUCAAGAUUUCUCCCAUCGAACAUGCGAUCGAGACCAUGGAAGCUACGAAUAAAUUCAUUAGGAAUCUAGUAAUUGCUCACAGGGAUGACGAGACGCUGCCAAUCAAUCCGCUGAGCAUGAAGAUCAACGGAAUAGUGGAUCCGGCAGUGAUGGGAGGAUUCAGGAAGUACGAGGAAGCCUUCCUCACGGAGGAAUAUCUGGAGCAAAAUCCCGAUGAUGUGCACUUCGUGGUGAAGCUGAAGGAGCUGAUUGCGCAGCAAAUACCAAUCUUGGAGAUUGCUGUGCAUGUGCACAGAUCAAAGGCCCCGAAGUCCUUGGCACCUUUCCAUGAGCGACUGGAGAAGUGUUUCUUCGAGAUGCAGGCGAAAGUGGAGAUCAAGUACGGGAAGAGGACGAGUGACUUGAAGUUUGAUCGUGAGUUCGUGACGAUGCGCCGAGGAAUGUCAGCUCAGAUGAGUCUGGACUCGAAUCGCCUCUCCGAGACGAGCAUGGGAUCGAAUGAUAGUGGCCUGUCUAAGUCUAUGCAGCCAAAUCGAUCACAGACCAGCUCAAUUAAAUCCACAUUCGCCAAUUUUAACUUCAAUGCAGCUAAUUUGACAAGAACAUCGCUAGGAACGACAGCAAAUGCAAAGAAAAGUAAAGAGAAAUCGAGCAAUAAGCGACGAUCGAGUCGUAAAAUUGAUCGGGAAUCACUAAAUGUGACAACCAGUCAAUGGUACACAGGAACUCUCACGCCGAUCACGUCUACGCCGCCGGAGAAGGACACCACGUCGAUUUGCAGCAACGGAAGCAGUGCCUUGACCACGCCAACCAACAGUUUAGUCGUGGAACUCACUGAGGAGCUGACGCCUAAGAGACCGCUGAGAUCUGAGAUUGAGCGCGAGAGGAGAUUAUCCAGGACGGCGAGCAUUGUGACGCCGACGAACAGCAUCAGAGGUCUUCCCGGUGACAGCAAUUCAGUGUCCGACGCGGAGAGUAAUAGGAAUUCAAUAGUAACAACUGACUCAACGGCCUCGGACGAGGACCUCAUUCCACCUCCGCUUCCGGCCAAGACAAGAGACUCCACGGACUACACAAAUUUACCGAAUGAGGAGAGCAAUUGUGGCGUUCCGCCUCGGCAAAAUAUUCGCUCAUCCAGCAGCAAUAAACCUCUGCCGCAGCUUCCCAUUGUCGUCAAUGUCAACUAUGAGUACGUUGAGGCGAGAAAUUUUUGCAUUGGAAAUGACGAGAGGAAACGACCACCGACUCCACCGCCAAAACCCACUCGCAAUUCUAAAGGCGUUUCCUCACCAUAG